CCGCAGCGGGGCAGUGGGGGAGCUCUGCAGGGUCGCAAACACGCGGGAGCUGCAGACCAGCGCAACUUUCUAACCAGCACUGUUGUUGUUUUUUUUUAACCCCCUUUACAACUUUGACGUGAUUCUGGUCGCUGCAAAGAUGACCACAGCCGUGGUGUCGCCUUUCUUUGACUACGAAGUGAUAAACAAGAACAACAAACUGCUCAACUUCAACAACAACCUGGGUGCCCCCCACCCCAUGUCUGUCCCUUGCACUGGCACCAACGUGCCCCUCUCCAGCCCCACCGGAGCCCUGCUGGACAGGAAGGCGGUGGGAUCCCCCCCUGUGGGAAGCGUGUACCAGCGGCGGCACUCCGUCAGCAGCACCAAGUUCAGCCAGAACCAGUUCCUGAACAGCCUGAAGACCGCGGAGCACUCCUCGCUCAUCUCGGGGGUCGGCAGCAACAAGGAGAACCGCCUGCGGGACCGCUCCUUCUCCGAGACGGGCGAGCGGCUGCUGAGCAAGUGCCUGGGUCCCGCCAGUCCCACCGGCAGCGGCCAGGUGAACUCCAGCCGCUACAAGACGGAGCUGUGCCGGCCCUUCGAGGAGAACGGUGCCUGCAAGUACGGCGACAAAUGCCAGUUUGCCCACGGGAUCCACGAACUGCGCAGCCUGAGCCGCCACCCCAAGUACAAGACGGAGCUGUGCCGCACCUUCCACACCAUCGGCUUCUGCCCGUACGGGCCCCGCUGCCAUUUCAUCCACAACGCAGAGGAGCGCCGCGGGCCCCCCCAGCAGUCGUCCCCCCUGAACUCUUCCAACAAGAUGGAGAGGCCUCGUCUGCAGCACAGCUACAGCUUUGCGGGCUUCUCCAGCUCUGCUGGGCUGAGAGACAGCCCCACCUCGGUCACCCCUCCGCCCAUGUUCUUCCCCGACGAAGUCCCCGACUGGCCCAGCAGCAACCCCUUCACCUACUCCAGCCAGGAGCUGGCCAACCUGUUCGGGCCCAGCCUGAGUGCCGGUCCUGUAGGCUCAGAGCCCAACAACCCCACGCCUCCCUCUCCAACGAGCACGCCCUACUAUUUCCGGCCCAUGCUGGAGUCCCCUCAGAUGUUCGAGUCUCCAUCCAGCCCCCCUGACUCGCUGUCGGACCAGGAGGGCUACCAGAGCAGCUCCGGGGGCAGCCUGAGUGGCUCUGAGUCGCCCACGCUAGACACCACUCGCCGCCUGCCCAUCUUCAGCCGCCUCUCGAUCUCUGACGACUAGAUUGCACGCAUUCACCAGUGACUUUAAUUUGAUGACACAAAGAGACCACGGCACUCCCCUCUACCUCUUUCCUACGCUUCCCCGUCUCCCCUUUAUACAAGACGUGUUAGUUCCUUGUUAGCGUUGUGAGGAUGUGGGCAGUUAUGGGAACUCCAAAUUUCCAUUUUAUCCCCGUUAGUCCGCACAACAAGUUGAAAAAAAGUACUCUGCCAUGUGUCAUAGUGCCAAAAAGGAGAUGGAAUUGGACAAUGAAAAUCACAACAAGAAUUGACUGUUUUGCCAUGUGCCACUUGUUUUUUUUCUUCUUCCUUAUUCGUUCUUGAAUGUGUAGCAGCACAAGUGGCCUUGGAAAGGGGAGUGCAUUGCACUAGCCCUACCCCCCCCCUCCUUCCUGAUGAUACCACUUCCCCUGAGAUAGCUAGAGGGUGCUCACUAAUGUAACUGUAGAUCUGCUGCAGCCGUUUUUACAGACUGAAUUUUGACAAAAGAAAAAAACAGACCCUGCAAAGAUAUGAAUAGUUUUUAAAAAGAAAAAGUGCCUGGGGCGGUUUCUGCAUGUGUUUAGGGUGAAUGGACUACUGUUUUUGAUUUUUGGUUGUCUCCCCCUCCCCACCACCUCCUCCCCAUAUCACAGUUCUUCUCAAGCCUCGUCUUAUGUAAUUGGACUGGGUGAGUCUGCAGGAAGGACUUUGAACUGGAAGUCGGUUGUGUUCCCCCUCUGAGUUUUCGCUCCUGUUGCUGGUCACUGGCUUUUCCCCCUUUUUUCUCUUUUUUUUGGGGGGGGGAGGAAGGCUUGAUUUCAAACUGAUCAUUAAACCUGCAAGACUUUGUCCCACCUCAGCGCUGCCUCUACUCUCCCUCCCUUCAUCCUCACCGAUCUGGGAAAUUCCAGCAUUCCCAUGGUGCAGUUGUACAUCCUGCGACUUGACAAAAUCGGAUCUCCAAGCUAUUUUACUUUACUUUUCCUCCCACUUCAAAAAGCUGCUCUGAGGAGCACUCUAUACUCAUUACAUCCCUUUUGCUUUCUUUAUUUGAUAAUUAUUUUUUAUUAAUGUUAUUAUUACGGUUAUUAUUUGAAAAAAAACUUUCCAGACAGAAGGUUUUCUUGUCACUGCUUAUUUAACUUAUCAGAACAUAUUUAUUGGUGAUCAUAUGCAUUUUUUUUGUUAAUUUUGUUUUGUAUUUAUCUGGAUAAUGAACAAUAGAAUAUAUUUUCUUUUAUGUUAAAUUAUGAUCUUCCAUAUUAAUCUAAAGAUUGUGAAGACGUUUUGUCAGUUUCCUUUUUUCACAGUUUAAUAUAUUGUUCUUCAAUGACUUUUGUUCUGCUACUACACUUUGUCAAAAUGACUUAAUUUAAAGCAAAAAAAUGCAAAAAAAUACGUUUUGCGUUUUGAUUAUUUAUUACUUUUUUUUCAUUUUACUCCCUCUUAUUGGGGUGCAAUUCCAUCUAAACUAGGUUUGCUUGUAUUCAAUGCUGUCUCCCCUCCACACUUUUACAGUAAUCUGACGGUAACGGCAGCCAUCUGUGUGUCUCAAGGUAUUCUCACAGUACUCGGGUUGAUGGUAGAAGUAAAGGGGUGUUCGACUUCUCGCAUCUCUGGUUCAGGUUAAGCUGGUCAUGUCGAAGUCUUGAGUCAUGUAACGAUCUUACACCUAGAUUGUUUUAUUACAAGCAAUAGCUGUGACCAAAUGGGUUGAGGAAAGUUUGGUUUUCUUUUAAUUUGAUUGGAUGCUUGAUGCACUUGCUUGGCCCCUUCUUGACCAUUGGAAGUGCCUUGUUGAAUACAUUCCAGGUAGAUAAGGCAUCUCCGCCUUUUUAUAUUUGCUAUUGAUGGAGGACAAUGACAUUUAAGUCAAUUGCUCGGUGUUGCCUUCAUGUGUUUUGAAAAGAGGUGAACAGAUUUUGACACAAAGAAAGUAAAAGUGUUGAAUGUACUUUUUUUUUUUCCAGUCAUGUUUUUUUUCACUACAGUAAUUUCUGUGAGUUUAUAUGAAAAGCCUGUUUUUCCUCUUUUUGUAAGUAUUGAUUGCAGUUAAGUCAAUAAACCCGAUAUUUUCUGAAGAGUUAAAA